AGGCGGAGCCUUGACCUCGACCGCUCGCUCUCUUGUCCACCUUUGCUGACGUUUCUGCCCUCGCCGCUAUUAGGCACGCGACACUGAUUUUGUGCAUCACCCGGUAUUCCUUCUCGUGGCUCCGCAUGAACUACUAUGGUCGCCUGCCCCAGUUCUGCUAUCGCCUGUCGUUCAUUGCAGCCGCUGCGACCUAUGGCAUAGUCGUCUACAAGACGUGGAGGGCUCGCCAAAAGACGGGCGCCAAGCAGCCCGGCGCCAUCGGCUACCUCGCCGACGAGAACAUUCAAUACCUCAUAAUGGCUCUUGUCUGGCUCUUCAUGCCACAAUAUCCUCUUGCGAUGCUCCCUUACGGCAUCUACUCCAUCUUCCACGUCGCGACGUACACCCGAGCGAACCUCGUGCCGACCUUCCUCCCGCCCCAGAAAGUGGCCCCCCCGGCCGGCGCCUCGCCGAGUGCCAAGCCCCAGGUUGUGCCCCACCCGCUGUCGGAUGCGAUCGGCGCCUUCGUCAAGAAGUACUAUGACGCUUCCAUGUCGAUCGUCGCCGGCCUCGAGAUCGCGCUGUGGGUCCGGAUACUCUUCUCAGUCAUCCUCUUCCAUCGCCGCUCGUGGAUCCUGAUCGCCAUCUAUACUGUCUUCCUCCGCGCCCGCUUUGCCCAGAGCCCCCACAUCAGGAACUCGUUCUCGCUGUUCGAAGCCCGCAUCGACAACCUUGUCGGCGCUCAGGGCACCCCCCCUGCGGCUCGCCAGGCCUGGGACACCAUCAAGGGCGGCGCGAGACAGUUCCACACGGCGACAGACGUCAACAAGUACGUGAACGGCGCUGCCGCUCCCAAGAAGGCCAACUAAAUCGCCCGACCGACCGAACACGAGGUCAAAUGACAAGCUUGCUUCUCGCCCUAUGGCGCAGCAAUAGCAGCACAAGGAGACCACAGCAUGAUGUUUGGUGGUUCCUGGAGAG